AUGCCUGGUGUUUCGGACAUCGAUGUCCCGCCGAACCCGCGAUAUCUGUUCCGCCAACCCUUGGCGCUGCAGUGGUUCGAUAAUGGGAAGUUGGUGAAGCGUCAGGAGGAGGAACGUCAGGCCGGACGAUUCGAACUGUUCCUGGACCUUCUCUAUGUUGCGAUUCUGGCAAACUUCGCCGAGGCUCUGGCGGAGCAUAUCACGGGUGCGAGAUUGGUUAUGUACAUUCUCAUCCUGGCUCCCUCCUGGCACGUAUGGAGCGAUCUCCGCGAACUGAUGAAUUCCUUCUACAACGACGACCUGCUGCAACGCGUGCUCAUUCUCUGGGUGAUGGCGGUAUUGGUAGUCUACGGCAACAAUGCCACCCUGGUCGACAAGGACCUCGGCGCCAUGCGCGCCACUGUCGCCGCAUACAUGGUGGCACGAGUGUCCUGCAACGCAGCGCACUUAUUUUACUCAUUCGCCAGCUACCACCACCGUGCGCAGCAACGUCUCUGGGCUCUCCUGGCCUCAAUGGCCCUGUGUAUCUACAUUCCGCUGUACGUUGGAUCCAUCUCGAUCCGCAGCAAGAUCGCCGUCGCCGCCGUCGGGGUGGUGGCGGAGCAGUGCGUCUGGGUGUUCUGCUAUUCGCCCGCGGCGAAGAAGGUCCUCAAGGCGCGCUACACGACCGCCGUGGACAUCGCCCAUGAGAUCGACCGCUUCGCUGCCUUCUAUAUCAUCGUGCUUGGCGAAUUCCUGUACCAGAUCGUGGUGGGUUCGCCCGCCGCUAUCGGGUUGAAUCUGGGUCUUCUCCGCGCCGUGUGGACCCUCAUCAUCGCUUUCUGUCUCAACUGGAUGUAUGUCCACAACGACGGCGCCUUGGAAAGCACCCACCCCAUGCGGUAUUCCGUCUACACGGCGUUCACUUGGAUUACCCUGCAUCUGCCCCUGAGUGGCAGUCUGCUGGCGGCAGGGCAUGUGGCGGCCGCCAGCGCCAAAGAGGAUCGUUUCGGAGAUGGCGAACGCUGGCUUCUCUGUGGGAGUCUGGGAAUCGGCAUGUUCUGUCUGUAUGUGUUGGCUUUGCUGUUCGAGUCGAAAGAUGAACGAGGGGUAUUGAUACUGGGAAAGCAUCUCCGAAUCAUCAUGCGUCCCAUCACCAGCUUGAUCAUCGUUCUUCUAGGUCUGGCUCAUUCGCUCGAUAUCACCUCCAUGAUGUCGGUGAUCAUGGCUCUGGUGGCAUUCUGCUUGAUCUGGGAAAACGUCACUUCGCUGCGUCGCGACGCCAAGAUCUGGGAACCCUGGGAGAAUACCCAGUAUCCGGAGGAAACAGAUGAUACGGUUCCAGUGGUUAGGGGGGAGGGGGAAUCCUCUGACAAUGCGUGA